GGGACGGCUUGCUCCUGUCAGGUGGACGGAAGUGGGACCGAAACAGACGCAUGCUCACUCCCGCCUUCCAUAUGGACAUAUUGAAACACUAUGUGGAGAUAUUCAACGAAUCAGCGAAGGUCUUACUAGGCAAAUGGCGAGAAAACCCCGGAUGUGUUGAGACAUUUCAUCACAUGAGCCUAUUGACGCUGGAUAGCAUGAUGAAGUGUCUGUUUGGUCACCAUAGUAACUGUCAGCUGGAAACGGUGCGCCCCGCGUACAUCCAGUGUGUCUACGACGUCUCUGACCUGAUCAUCAAAAGGAUCAUGAACCCUCUUCAUCACUUUGGUUUCCUAUACUCCCUGUCUGAAAACGGACGAAAAUUUCAGUACGCAUGUGAUACAAUACACGAACACUCGAACAAGUUGAUAGAACAGAGGAGACAAUUGUUGGCGAGCGAGAAGGCCGGAUCUAGGAACGUUGACUUUCUCGAUAUUUUGCUCACAGCCAAAGUACGUAUUAACAUAACGCCAUUUGACCGUUCUGUCACCUGA